AUGAUUGACAGUCAAACUCCAGCCAGACAGACAUUCUGUGGCUCCCUGCGCAGAGAAGGGCACUGGAAGUGUCUGUCCUUGACCUUGAUGAUUGUCGGCUGCCUGACCGCCAUCUCAUGGUGCCACUUGCCGCUCCCGGGAAAGAGUUCCCGUGUGCAGCUCACACAAGGUUGGAGCCCUGUAAGGUUUGUUGCUAUACCCUACAUCCCUGUGGCUUGUGUGGUUAUGUUAUACCUGGUGUACCUGGUAGAGUGCUGGCACUCUUGUUGUUGGAGCUUGAUUGUUGCUGUUAUGCGGGCGGCACUACCCGUGAUUUGGUGGAAGGCCACCUGCUACCAUUAUGUGCGGCGUACCAGACAAGUGAUGCGCUAUCGAAACGGUGACGCCUUUACCUCGACACAGGUUUACUACGAGAGAGUUGACUCCAGUACUGCUGGAGCGGCCUUCAACUUCACCCAAUGUGGGGUCAGGGACAUUUCAAGACCUCUGGCAGAUUUAGAUUUGUACCCCGCAGUCAGAAUCCGAAUCAGCAAAGGCUUUUCUUUCGCGAACGUCGACACGGAGUGUCAGUUUGAGGAGCAACGUGCACAGUUCUUCCAGGAGUACGACACCAAAGAUGACUAUAUGGAAGGUCGAGAAGGAAUGGACCUCAUGAACGUCGACUUCAAGGAAUAUAUGAUCGCAUUUAGAGACCCCACACAUCUUCCAUGGUAUGUUUCCCGAGUUGCUUUCUGGCUGGCAUCCGUUUUUCUUCUGUCGUGGCCACUGAGAACUAUCACCGAGCUUAAAACCGCACAUCUUCACUACCACGUUCAUAAACUGUUUGGAUCCAAUUAUGUGGAAGGUGAGGAUUACAAUGGGUUAAUGAGUCGGGCAAGCACCAUGAACAGCACCGAGUUUGAAAUCAGUAUACGUAACAAUAAUGUUAUAGUUCCUAGCUAUUCAGAAGCCGUGCUGGCAGACGGGCAAGAACCAAUACAGCAAAAGCAUUACGGGGCUAUCAAAACGUAUACGACUAAAUUUCCGCGCAGUUUGACUAAUGUCACGUUGGCGGCUAGACCAUCUUCUGCUGGUCGGAGGUCUCUCACGCCCUCCGUAAUGAUGGAUCGGGUAAAAAAAUUUAAAAGCUGCAGCGCAUUUGGAAUUACGGAAUCCACAGACACCUGCACACAUCAAGGAUCUGUCCGUCAACAGAUCCAGCAAUUACUCCGAGAUCGUGGCAGGUUCCAGAGCAAGAGAAAAACCACGUCCCAGUUUAAUAUAUCCAGUUUGUCGUUAGCCAACGGAAAUGUUAGAUUCCACUUAGGAACGCCGGGAACGCCCGAAGAUUUUGUAGUAUCGCCUAGCUUUUCAUCGUAUUCUGUGGUCUCUUCUAGAAUAAACGACAUCCGCCAUGGCGUUUUGGAAAACGAUAAUGAGACUAAUUUACAAAGUGUUCUUCAGUGUGAACACCAAGUAAAACAAAAUGACCACCAAAUGAGGCCCACACAACUGGUCUCUACACAUCCACUACCAUUGGACAUCAAUCAUUCCACACAACUGGUCUCUAGACAUCCACUACCAUUGGACAUCAAUCAUUCCACACAACUGGUCUCUAGACAUCCACUACCAUUGGACAUCAAUCAUUCCACACAACUGGUCUCUAACAAUCCAUCACCACUGGACAUCAAUCAUUUCGCACAACUGGUCUCUAGACAUCCACUACCAUUGGACAUUAAUCAUUUCGCACAACUGGUCUCUAACCAUCCCCCACCACUGAACAUCAAUCAUUCGCACAAAACUGGUCUCUAA